CAUCGAUGCACGUCAGUCAUGGACCGUGAGUAUCGCUUUAAUUUCGAAUUGACCACCAUAGCCGCGUACCGCCGCCGCCGCCGCUGUGGCCCCGUAAAGAACGCGAACAAGGGCGAGGGCGGCCACUGGGACGCGGCAUCCUACUUGCUCUCGUUCGUUGAUUUCGACCCGAGUCGAAGGAGCACUCUCGAUCGAGUCCGCUUCUGUUGCGCGAUGCACUCAAGUGCGUGGUCGAACGUUGAACAACGGCGCGAAGCAAUAUUGGAACUCGAUACCGACUCGACCAGUCCGCUCGUUCACUGUCAGUCGAGUGUGCUUGGUGGUAGCGACACGCGCGACCACGUUACUUCGCUGGGUUACGCUCCAGUGAUACGCAACAUCGAACAACGUCUACCUCGGGGCAUUAGCAGAAGAAGUAGAUUCGAACUCAACAAACAUAGUAUAAUUUCGUGUAACGAGAACUCUGGUACUUGAUCGGCUAAAGGAUACGGUGUACUAUCUACACGGAAUCUCGUGCUAUCGACUUUCAAUAAAGUUGAUAAAGUCAACUGCACGGACAUGGAGUGCGAAAGGCUACCCAACGCUUGUAAGGAAGAUGCAACCCGCGAAUAAUUCAGUCGUUAUCCAUACCAUCUACCGAUCGGUUAAGCAAUUUAUCGAGAACGUCGAUAUGAUGCCGUUACGUACAAAUACGCGUGCGGCGAUAUUCGAGGAAUCACGCGCGUCGCACGCUCUUUGACUGAUCGAUAAUAUUUACAGCCUACGGCUGAUUUAUUGGACGAGUAAAAAAAAUUUGCGCAGCCGAUCGUACUUAAUACAGCGAAGCAUUGUUUGUUGCGAAGCG